AUGCAUCUCACAAUUUGGAAUGUCUUUCGGCUGUUUUACUGGCUGAGUAGCCUGUCCUGGAAUCGACAAUUUGUGGAACUAGUGAACAACGUGAUCCACGUAACAACGCAGAUAGAUGGCAUGUUUGGACCGCUCUACUUGGAAGGUACCUCUUUGCUGAUUCUGUACAUAGUUCAGUUAGACCUGACUCUGCUGCAGAUGGUUUGGUUUAGUCAAGUUAGACUACACAUCUUCUCCCUAUACAAUUUAAUCCUGGAGCUUUUCUUCAACACGUAUGUGGUCUACGAGUUGCUCUUACUGUCCUGGAUCGCAGCUUUUAAUAGGUUCUUAAAGGAUAUCCAGCAUCUGUGGCUGCCAUUAACAAGUGUUAUUUUCUCCGACAUUUUAAUGCUAGUGUCCAAUUGGUCCUAUGCCAUAUCCUGCUUCCUGUUGGAUAACUUUGCCGACGGAGGCGAUUGUAAUUGGAAAUAUGGAAUACCCGUUACCGCCGGCCAGGCUUCCCUCUUACGUAUUGUAUUUCUCGGUCUUUGCAACGAUCGAUUGGCACUACAGCAGUGCUUUUUUAGAUUGCACCUCCUGGUUAUUAGCUUAAAAAAUCAGGAUCAGCUGGAUCAGAACUUCGUCUGGGAUGUAAAUAAUCUGCAAGCCUGCUUCGAUCUGCAGCUGUGGGCCCAGCCGAUCAGGAAUCAGAUUAUGAGCGUUAAUCAGGAAUUCGGAUGCUCGUUUGUACUUGACUUCUUCUUUUGCGCACUGCUAAACGCCUUGGGCUGUGUGCAGUAUAGAUUAUCCGUGAACAUUCGUUCCUACCACUUCUUAGAUACCAUGACUUGA